AUGAUGGAAGAGGUGCACAAGAGCAGCAGUAACAGCUCCGCGACGCCUUCCCAAACACCAGCUGCACAAGGUACAACACUACAGGCAGCUCAGCUCUCUCAUAUUGCUCAACAGAUGUCUCUAAGAGGUCCUGCCCCCCUGACAGUCGUUCAGCUUCCUGGAGAACAAGUCCAGGUCCAGGGAGUCAUUCAGACAGCACAGUCCUCUUCUGUAAUCCACUCACCGCAGGUGCAGACAGUGCAGGUAUCUUCUUUGUCUGAGAGUGAAGAUUCUCAGGAUUCAUCAGACAGCAUAGGCUCUUCACAGAAAGCUCGAGGCAUCUUAGCUCGUCGUCCAUCCUACCGAAAAAUUUUGAAAGAUCUUUCUUCUGAAGACACACGUGAUAGAAAAGGAGAUGAGGAGAGUCCUGGUGUCUCUACUGUUACGUCUAUGUCCGUUCCCACGCCUAUCUACCAGACGAGCACUGGACAGUACAUUGCCAUCGCUGCAAACGGGUUGCAGCUGGCCAGCCCGGGCAGCGACGGCGUGCAAGGCCUGCAGACGCUGACGAUGGCAAACGCUGGUGGUGCCCAGCCCGGGACAACAAUACUGCAGUACGCCCAGACGUCGGACGGCCAACAGAUCCUCGUCCCCAGCAACCAGGUGGUGGUGCAGACUGCAUCAGGAGACAUGCAGACUUACCAGAUCCGCACCACGCCGACCACCACGUCCCUCCCUCAGACCGUGGUGAUGACGUCUCCCGUCACCCUGACGUCACAGACGAGUAAGACAGAUGACCCGCAGCUGAAACGAGAAAUAAGGCUGAUGAAGAACAGAGAAGCUGCUCGAGAAUGCCGUAGGAAGAAGAAGGAGUACGUUAAAUGUCUGGAAAAUCGAGUUGCAGUCCUGGAAAAUCAGAACAAAACUCUAAUCGAAGAGCUAAAAACUUUGAAAGAUCUUUACUGUCAUAAAAGCGUGUAAGAAAAGAAGGUAAAACUUUUGUGGACUGUUUAAAUUUCAGAGGAGAAUUUUUUUUUUAUACUGAAUUUUUUAAACUAGAUGAAAGGUCAAAAAUGAAACUUUUCUACCUAGAUUUCACAACUUAAAGAC